CUGCCCCGCUGUCCGGGGGCCGCCAGGAGCCGGGCGGGCUCCCACCGCUUCGCCCGCUGCCCUGAGGAGGCGGCCGUAGUGCCUCUGCCGGAGGAAAAAGCCGAUUCCUUUUGUUUCCCCUUCCCAUCCCGGGGCUUCAUGCCCACCCCCGAGGGAGGAUGGAGGUGGUGGGGGAUUUUGAGUACAGCAAGAAGGACCUGAUAGGACACGGAGCCUUCGCUGUGGUCUUCAAAGGUCGCCACCGUAAGAAAACUGAUUGGGAAGUAGCCAUAAAGAGCAUUAACAAAAAGAACUUGUCAAAAUCACAAAUCCUACUUGGAAAAGAAAUCAAAAUCUUAAAGGAACUUCAGCACGAGAACAUUGUAGCUCUCUAUGAUGUCCAGGAAAUGCCCAGCUCUGUCUUUUUGGUAAUGGAGUACUGCAAUGGUGGGGAUCUGGCAGAUUACUUACAAGCUAAAGGAACUCUCAGUGAAGACACCAUCCGAGUGUUCCUCCAGCAGAUUGCAGCUGCUAUGCGUAUCCUGCACAGUAAAGGAAUCAUUCACAGGGAUCUUAAACCACAGAACAUUUUAUUGUCUUAUGCCAGCCGUAGGAAGUCAAGUGUCAGUGGCAUACGCAUCAAAAUAGCUGACUUUGGUUUUGCUCGUUAUCUGCAUAGCAACAUGAUGGCUGCAACUCUGUGUGGUUCCCCAAUGUAUAUGGCCCCUGAAGUGAUUAUGUCUCAACACUACGAUGCUAAAGCAGAUCUGUGGAGUAUAGGGACUGUGAUUUAUCAGUGUCUUGUUGGAAAACCACCUUUUCAGGCCAAUAGUCCUCAAGAUCUGAGAAUGUUUUAUGAAAAGAACAGGAAUUUGAUUCCUAGCAUACCUCGAGAAACAUCAACUUACUUGGCUGACCUGCUGUUGGGUUUGCUUCAGAGAAACCAAAAAGACAGGAUGGACUUUGAAGCAUUUUUCAACCACCCUUUCCUAGAUCAGAUUUCAACAGUCAAAAAAUCCUGUCCCGUACCAGUGCCCACAUACGCAGGCUCAGUCUCUGGCAGUUCCUGUGGCAGCUCACCUUCCUGCCGUUUUGCUUCUCCUCCAUCUCUUCCAGACAUGCAGCAUAUUCAAGAAGAAAACUUGUCUUCCCCUCCAUUGGGUCCUCCAAACUAUCUUCAAGUGUCUAAGGACUCUGCCAGUACCAGUAGCAAGAACUCUUCCUGUGACACAGACGACUUUGUUCUUGUCCCACACAACAUCUCUUCAGACCACUCAUAUGAUAUGCCAUUGGGAGCAGCUGGCAGGCGGGCUUCGAGCGAGUUCUUGAUGUGUGGAGGGCAGUCACCAUUAACUAUUUCUGGAAGCUCAGGAACUGUACAGAAACCAUCCUCAACCUCUUCUCGAAGUACUGCUUCUGGUACAACUAACAGGCAUUGCCAGCCUUCUGUAUCCCCUCGCAGCGAAACAGCACCUAUCCCAGUUCCUACUCAGCUACGGAAUUACCAGCGUAUAGAACAGAACCUCUCCUCUACUGCCAGCCCCGUGUCAAACCCCCACGGAUCACCAAGAGCUGGGGUUGUCAGACGCUCAAAUACCAGCCCAAUGGGCUUCAUGAAGAUGGGCUCCUGUUCUCCAGUACCAGCUGAUGCUGUGCAGGGUGUUGGGCGCAGGUUAUCCACGGGGUCUUCGAGGCCAUAUUCUCCUUCACCACUAGUUGGAACUAUACCUGAGCAGCUAAGCCACUGUUGUUGCGGACAGCUUCAAGGUCAUGAGUCCAGGAGCAGAAACUUCUCAGGUUCUCCAAUACCACCAUCUCAGUCUCCACAGUCACUUCUGAUGGGAGCUAGGUUGCAAAGUGCACCUACUCUCACGGAUAUUUACCAGAACAAGCAGAAGCUCAGAAAGCAACAUUCAGACCCAGUGUGCCCAUCCUAUGCUGGGUAUGGAUACAGUCAUUCUCCACAACCAAGUAGGCCAGGUAGCCUGGGAACAUCACCCACCAAGCACAUGGGGUCAUCACCGAGGAGUUCAGACUGGCUGUUCAAAACUCCUUUACCAACAAUCAUUGGUUCUCCUACUAAGGCAACAGCUCCCUUCAAAAUACCUAAAACACAAGCAUCCUCAAAUUUGCUGGCCCUGGCAAAUCGCCAGGGAUCUGUAGAUGCUCCUUUGCAGCCUAAAGACAUCACUGAACCAAGGGACUUUGCACACUUUCACUCGACACAAGGAAGUGACAAGCAUGCAGGAGAGCAGCACAGUAAAGCUACGUUUGGCAGAUCUGUUAGUACUGGGAAGCUCUCAGAUCAACAGGUAAAGACUGCCCUUGGUGGCCAGUUAUACCAAGGCAGUACAGACAGCCUGAAUACAGAGCGACCAAUGGAUACAGCCCCAGCAGGGGCCUAUGGCAUCACAGUGGCACCUCCUUCCAUGGGAAGUGGGGCAAGUUCUCGGGCUGUCAUGUUUACUGUUGGGUCCCCUCCAAGCAGUGCCACCCCUCCUACCUGCACCCAUAUGGUCCUCAGAACAAGAACCACCUCAGUUGGAUCAAACAGUUCUGGAGGGUCUCUCUGCUCUACUAGUGGCCGUGUAUAUAUGGGCUCGCCUCCUGGUAUUUAUAUGGGUUCUUCUCCUCCGGGAGCCGAGGCAGCUCCAAGUCUGAAGUACAUGCCUUAUGGUACUUCGCCUCCCAGCUUAGAGGGCUUUAUCACUUUUGAAGCUCCUGAAUUGCCUGAGGAAACUUUAAUGGAGAGAGAACAUACAGAUACCCUGCGUCAUCUAAACAUGAUGCUGACAUUCACAGAAUGUGUUCUGGAUCUGACAGCAUUACGGGGAGGAAACCCAGACCUGUGUACUUCUGCAGUGUCACUGUACCAAAUCCAAGAGAGCGUAGUUGUUGAUCAGAUCAGCCAGCUAAGCAAAGAGUGGGGACAAGUAGAGCAGCUUGUGUUAUAUAUGAAAGCAGCCCAGUUACUGGCAUCUUCUCUGCAUCUUGCCAAAGCACAGGUCAAAUCGGGGAAACUGAACCCAUCCACUGCUGUUAAGCAAGUUGUGAAAAGCCUCAAUGAGAGAUACAAAUUCUGUAUUGGUAUGUGCAAGAAACUGACUGAAAAGCUGAAUCGUUUCUUUUCGGACAAGCAAAGGUUCAUUGAUGAAAUCAACAGUGUAACUGCAGAGAAACUCAUCUACAGUUGUGCUGUAGAAAUGGUUCAGUCGGCAGCUCUAGAUGAGAUGUUUCAGCAAACUGAAGAUAUCACAUAUCGAUACCACAAGGCAGCCUUGCUGCUGGAAGGACUGACUAAAAUACUGCAAGACCCUGCAGAUAUAGAAAAUGUGCACAAGUAUAAAUCUAGCAUUGAGCGAAGGCUUUCUGCACUCUGCUACAGCACAGUGGCUGUAUAUGAGCAGUAGAAAUAUCCCAAGGACCAGAUGGUGUGAGCAUAAGGGACCACAUCAGUGAUAAUGCACUUUUUUCACUACGGUUUAAUUGUUGUCCUCGUUCUGCCCCACGUGGAAAGUGAUUCUUACAUUUCUGUGGUGACUACCAAAGAAGCAGCAGCUUAUUCAAAGAGGAGAAAUUCCAAAAGUACAUUUGUAGAAAACCUGCCUUACAGAUCCAGCAGCUCCUUUUUUCUUCCUAGCAACAGGAUUAAAAAGAAUCCGUCUUCACAUUUCAAACUGAUCCUUGUACACGUGCUUUGACUUGAAUGAUCAGGGGUUUUUUUUCCUCAUGAGGUCUGUAGAGAGUGGAUCCUUCUGCAUCAGGUACAUAAAGAUGUCUCCCUCAGAAGGCUCCAUCAAGUGUUUGUGAAAAUGUUUUUAAGUUGUCAGUAUGAUGUGGCCAAGUGAAUUUGGGAAACCUUAACCAUGUGCAAGAGCUGGUUGAAGCUUUUGGGGCUGAGCUGGCUUGUAGCUGAGCUGGCGUGUUGGCUCAGCUUGUCAUAUGAAGGGAUGAUGAGAAAGCUCUUUUACAUGGGGGAAAACGGUAAUGGAAGAAACUGAGCUCCAUCUUUGCAAAAUCCCCAGUGGGUUUUCAGCUGAUGUGGAUACGAUUUGAAGAUCUUCUUCCAAAACACUUUAUUUUGCACUAAUUUACUAAAGCAACUGUAUAUUCAUUUUUGAAGAACUAUACUAAAAAAAAAAAUAAAAGAGAGAAGGCACAAUGGACUUGGCUGAAUUUCGUGUACAUAAAAUUCUUUUCAGGAUUUCAAAUGUAGCUUCUAGAAGACUUUCAAACAAACUGUAAAAACUUGUAUUCAUGUGAACCUUUCCAUUUUAUACCUAUUUGUCUAAUACUUGAGUAACUACCGCUCUGAACUUUUACAGUAAUAGCAAUGUUGAGUUGCUGGUUGUUUGCUUUUUAUAUAGAUUUGGUUGCAUCUUUUGUGCAUGCAAUUAUGUGCAUUAAUGCCUGCAGUCUCUAGGGGUGUAACGACUCUCUAGUUUUGUUUCUUGGGCAGUAUUACAAUAAAUACUGUAAACUGGGAGGUUCUGCGAGGAACCACACGAAAACAAAGUAAUGUUGGAGUUUGAGAUGCUGAUUAAUUGAUGUAGAGUAUCUACAUUGUGUGUGUGUGUGUGAAAAAUCAGGAUUACUUUGUGUGCAUUUUGAGGGAGAGGUGGGAAGCUUCAUUUAGCCUUAUAGGCAUUAUCAUUUCAAGCAUCCCAUGAGAUUAUCAGGACAGUGAUUUGCAAAGCAUUUAGGCAGAUCAGCUUCUCUGGAAAUGGUUCCUGUAAUUCAUUUCUGGGACUUUUUUGUUACUCAACUGCUCGAAUACUUGAAUAAACCAUUCUCCAGGA